AUGCCACACGCAGUUGAUAUGCCAUCGUUUCUGGCGGACGACACAGGACCUAUGUUCGCGUCAAAUAGCCUGCCCCACGAUGGUUCCAGUCGGCUCCGGCUAUCCCACGAGAAGGUCAGUGUCAAUGGGAACAACCGGUCCUCGUUUGCAUCUGCCAAAAGCAGCGUUGCGGACGGACCGGAAGGAUAUUUCGACGGCGGCAGAGGACAGACGAAUGGAGACACCCUCCGCGAUGGGCUUCUGAACUCCCUGCCGAACGGGCGGGCAAGUGUGAGCACCUGGGACCAGAGGUCGUCACGAAAUGGCAGCACUUUGUCGGUCAACGGCGCUGGCACGAAUGGAAGCACGGAGAUGGGGGGGAGGAGAAGCCCAGCAGCACAUCAGAAUGGAGUGGUCAGGACAUCGUACGCCGACAGGAGCUCUAUCGCGUCGAUCGGCAAUGGUCCCAAUACCAUGGACACCAAGACAUCGUCCAACGGGAAUAGCGAAACAGCAAAGAGGACUACCAUCUCGCCCCCUACGCCGACGAGUAUGCCGCCCCCGAUACCGACGGGUAUCCCGCCCCCGAUACCGACCACCCCUCCGCCGCCGAUACCGACCCAUACAAACGGCACAGGCAGCCCCCAGGUCCCCGAAGCCCCAACUCGAGCCCCGCCGCCUCCUCACCGAAUGUCUUCUCCGCCUUCAUACCCUCCUCCCCUCGUCCCUUCCUCUUCUACGAACUCUCUUCCACAUGCUCAACUUCAACAACGUCACACGUUGCAAGUGCCCAAACCUGGGCCAAGUCGGAACUCUCGGGACGCCGACGACGCCGUCUUCGCCAGUGGAAGGUUUUCCCCCACCAAUAUAGCGGCAGGUGUACGACGCGGCUCCGUGAGCCUCAACCGACGACACGCACAAUCUGUACAUUCAAAUAUGCCCCAUGAAGAGGUACCGCCGGAUGAAGAUGCCAUGCUGUGGGCAGAAGCGGUGCGGCAGAAGAGGGCUAGUAAGAGGAGGCGGAAGGACGAGGAGGAUGACGACAGAGUGGUGGUUGGAACGAAGGUCGACCAGAACCAUGUGAACUGGGUAACGGCAUACAACAUGCUGACUGGAAUUCGCUUUACUGUAUCCAGGACAAACGCAAAGUUGGACCGACCGCUGACGGAUGCCGACUUUGAGGCCCGGCACAAGUUUUCGUUUGACAUUACUGGCAACGAAUUGACACCCUCUGCGAAAUACGAUUUCAAAUUCAAAGAUUACGCUCCCUGGGUAUUUCGACACCUUCGUGGAAAAUUCAAGCUUGAUCCAGCCGACUAUCUGAUGUCUCUGACGAGCAAGUAUAUCCUAUCCGAGCUUGGGUCUCCAGGCAAGAGCGGCAGCUUCUUUUACUUCUCUCGAGAUUACAAGUACAUCAUCAAGACUAUCCAUCACGCGGAGCACAAAUUUUUGAGGAAGAUUUUGAAGGAUUACUACGCACACGUCGAAGAGAACCCGAACACGCUCCUCUCGCAGUUUUAUGGACUACAUCGGGUCAAGAUGCCGUAUGGGCGGAAGAUCCACUUCGUUGUUAUGAACAACCUUUUCCCACCGCACCGGGACAUCCACAAGACCUUUGAUCUGAAGGGGUCGACGAUUGGCCGCGACUUCAAGGAGGAAGAUCUGGAGAAGAACCCCAGGGCCACCCUGAAAGAUCUCAACUGGCUACGACGGAACCUCCACCUAGAAUUUGGACCUGAAAAGAAGCGACUAUUCUUUGAGCAGAUGGAAAAGGAUGUGCACCUCCUUCAGAAGCUGAAGAUCAUGGACUACAGUAUGCUUGUUGGAAUCCAUGAUCUUCAGAGGGGCAACCAAGACAACCUACGCGACAAGACCUUGCAAGUUUUUCAACCUGGUGGAGAAACCCAGGCAGAGGAGGCCCAACCACCAGGAGCGUUGAUGAGGACGCCCAGCAAGUUGGAAAACAUGCGCAAGGCAAGGGAGUUGAGGCAGAUCAUCAAACAAGAAAAGCCAAUUCCAAUGGGCCAGAGCAGUUCUCGAAUGCCAGAUCACCUAGAGGAGAACACCGCUAAGAGAGAAUUCACAUUUUACAGCGAUGACGGAGGGUUCAGGGCCACACACGAGGAUAACAGUCCUGGGGAGGAGAUAUUCUUCCUCUCGAUCAUUGACUGCCUUACUCACUAUGGGACUGUGAAGAAGUUGGAACAUUUCUUCAAGGGCCUCAGCCAGGACAAGAAGCUGAUCUCGCCUAUCUCGCCUGAGCCAUACGGAAACCGCUUCAUCGAAUUCAUCGAAGGGGUGACAAAGAGCCCGGAAGAAGCGGCACGUGAGGCCGCUGCAGCGCCUCCGCCUCACACCACCUCGACCCUUUCUGACAACCGUAACACAACGUCGAUUGAUUCAGCAGGGAGAAGAUCUGAGAACCAAACCAUGUACCGCUCGAGCCACACCAACGCAACAGUGAUGAGAAACGAGAAUGAUGCGAUGAGACGGGACCGGCAUAGCGAUGACGAUGGCCCCAGCCCCGACUCCCGCGUAAUUACCACUGCUCGUAGCCCCAGUGCAGACCGGUCUAGUGGCUUGCAAGGCCAGAUUCUCCCUGUCGUGGAGGAGAGGGGCGAAACGAGCAGCACUGGAGGAAGAAGCGGGGGAAGCAGAGAGCGGGAGGAAUCGGCGAAUCUUGAUCCGCGCCCACCCACACCUCCGAAGGCCCAUAAUGACGGCCGGCCUAUUACCCCUGCCAAAGACUACAGUCCCACUCGUAACAGUGCAAUCAGAACGUCAGUGAACAGAAGCAGCUUAGAUAAGCAACUACCGCCAUUGCCAAAGGUAUUGGGUCCAGGAGAGAUUCGUAAAAAGGAUUCGAUGCUGUCUUGA